AAUAACUAAGGGUAUAUGGUUAUUUUACCUUUACAGGAAUUGGCCUUUUUCUCCUUUAUAAAAUCAGCUCCGCCCUGUCACUCAAUUCUUCUUCACACACAGCGGGUUUCUGAGAUCUCAAACACAAUGCCUGAACUACACGUGCGUCGCUUAUUCUUCCUGUCAGUCGUCUUCCUCUUUGUCUUUUUCUCAUGCUCCGCCGCUGCAGGGAAGCAAAAUACUCACCGCGAUCUGGUCCAUUCAUCAUGUGCACACGCCAACUACCCAACCCUUUGCGUUCGCACACUCUCCGCUUACAAGGGGCCCGCCAAGACCCCUCGCGACUUAGCCCAAGCGUCGGUGAAAGUGACCCUUUCCCGCGCGAGCAGAGUGUCGGCGUACCUCACACAAGUCUCUUCUACUGUCAGCAAAGGCAACAGCACAAACAAAAGAGAACGCGCUGCACUGGACGAUUGCGUGGAGCAGAUUUCUGACUCGGUGGACGAGUUGAGCAAGACGCUGCGUGAACUGAAGCAUUUGAGAGGGGAGACGUUCACUUGGCAAAUGAGUAAUGCGGAGACAUGGAUAAGCGCGGCUUUGACGAACGAGGACACGUGUCUUGAUGGAUUUGAUGAUGUUGAUGGACAGGUUAAGAGUGAUGUGAAGAGAAAGAUCACCAACGUGGCUAAGGUUACUAGCAAUGCUCUUUAUAUGAUCAACCGUCUGGAUGAGAGCCGUCAGAGGCCCCGGCUGAGAGGUUGAAGAAGAUGGAUUGUAUCGGCGUAAGUACCUACUAUAUAAUUAGUACUUUCGAGUGUUCUAGUAGAAGCUUUUUUUAUAAGUAUGAUGCCGUAGCCUAUUUCCUUUGUGUUUUAAUCUUUUGAUUUUCUUUUUAAACAUCGUUAGUUUUAUUGUAAAAUAGCGUGGUACGAAUGAAUUUGAGUUAAAUCAAAACCACACUCAGCUCAAUUUGAAGGAAGCCGAAUUCAAAUUUGAAUUCACUUUGAAA